AUGGUUUGGACCUCACUCAGCCACCAGUCCCUCCUCAAGUCUCCCCCCUGGGGCCUCCCCCAUCUGGACCUCCUGGAGCUGUGGCCCGAGACCAGACCUCUGUUUUACCGCCUGGAAAGAGAGCUGUUUACACACUUGCAGGAGAUGCGUCUCAACAUGGUGUUCCUGGACCAACUGCAGCGGCGGAUCUUGGAGCAGAUGGACCUGAGCUCUGACUCCGCCCUCCACCCCAUCACCAUGGAGACACGAGGUCUGGACAGUGUCUACAGCCACGACUCCGUGAAGCUGAUCAAGUUCGCGGACGACACCACCCUCAUUGGACUCAUCUCCAACAACGAUGAGUCCGCCUACAGGAGGGAGGUGGACCGGCUGGUGUCCUGGUGCAGUGGUAACAACCUGGAGCUGAACGCCCAGAAGACAGUGGAGAUGAUUGUGGACUUCAGGAAGAGCACUGUCCCCCCGCCCCCACCCUCCGUGAUGGACUCCCCCAUCACCUCUGUGGAGUCCUUCCGUUUCCUGGGCACCACCAUCACCCAGGACCUCAAGUGGGAGCCGACCAUCAGCUCCCUCAUCAAAAAGGCCCAGCAGAGGAUGUACUUCCUGCGGCAGCUCAGGAAAGCCAAGCUGCCUGCACAGAUGUUGGUGCAGUUCUACACGGCCAUCAUCGAGUCCAUCCUCACCUCCUCCAUCACCGUGUGGUUUGCUGGAGCCACAGUCAGGGACAAACAGAGACUACAGCGCAUUGUGCGCUCUGCAGAGGAAGUGAUCGGCCGCAGCCUUCCAUCGCUGCAGGACCUGCUUAUGCUGCUUAUAUCUCCGGGAAACUUCACCAAAACUCAGCAGGAAAACCCAGACGUGACCGCGGCAGCUCCACACAGCAGAGGUCAGCUCCACCAGGAAGAGUCAGCUCCACAGGGAAGAGCCCGCACCUGGUAG